AUGGGUUCCCUUGCAUACAAGGCUAGCUUCAAGUCAAGUUUCUUCGCGUACAUUAUCUCCGCGCUCAACCACAUCACCAACAUCUUCACAAUUCCCACCUCAAGCAAGACCACCACCCUAAACCAACCCAUCCAAAUCACGAUGCCUUCUCAGACGACAGCCUACGCACCGUCGACCUACUCGGUCUCAACGACGUGCUCGUACGAAAAGACUCCCCAACAGCCCAAAAAGACAAAGCGCUCCUUCAAGCAAAGGGUGAAGGAUGCCGUUAAGGAUAUCGGAUCAUCGCCUUUCGAAUACGACGACAGGGAGAAGCAGAGCUUUGCCUGGGCUGCACAGAUGCCGCCCUCAAGGCUCUAG